GCGGAACCCGCCGCGCUGCUGCUGCGCUGCCCGCUGUGCCGGGCGGAGGGCCCCGCGGCGCCGCAGGCCCUGCGCCUGGACACCCUGCUCGGGCGCCUCGGCCGACGCCUCUCCCCGCAGGGAGAGGCGCUCUUCACCAAGGACCUGGCUCAGACGGACUCCGAGGUGCAAAGCUUCACCGCAGUGGCCAUCUCCUCCCUGACCCGGCUCGUGGCCCACGAGGCCUCCGGCGACGAGGAGGGGGGCGUGGCGCCGGUGUUCCGGGCCAUCCCGCGGUCGCGGUCUUCGUGCUCCUCGUGCAGCGGCCCGACCGCGGCGCCGUCGCCGCUCGCCCGCUCCUGGAAGCGCGAG